AUGGCGUCGUUGCGCCCGGGCAAAUGGCCCAACUGGCCUUUGCCCCUGCUUCUCUUUCUGAUCUUGGCUCAGUUCGUGACGUUUGUAUCUGGAGAAACCAUCAAUGAACCGCCCAAACUCUGUUCGAACUCCGAUACCGACAAUGGCUGUGUUACAGUUCAUGGCGUUGUUGGCCCUCAAUCGACAUCCAACACAGACGCCGUGAUUUCCAACGAUGAAUCUCUUCAACCCGACGAUCAGGCCACGCCCAAGGAUGUGCUUUCAAGCCACGAUCCUCAGGUGCACACUCUCCAAGAGCGCCAGGCCACGACUAUCAAGAUUUACAUUUCGACUACUGCUUCAAGUGUCCCUGCAGCCGAGGCCACUGUUCAACCUGAGUCUGUUGUACCUGAUGAAUCCAGCCCUGAGCUCAAUCACUCGGGCUCUCCGGUCAUUGUUGUCGCUUCCACAGCCGUCUCAACCAGUCCUGCCGAUGCCCCCAAUCACAAUGAGGGCACGACGAUCAGGAUUCCUUUGAGCGAUACCCCAACAGUCAAUACUGUCGAGAACACUGGGGUUCCCACGACCCAGAAGACUUCCAAAUCUCCCAUCUUUGUCACUGGUGGCCGACCUACAUCAAAGGAUUCGGACGAUGAGGUCUCUCGCACUAGAAGCCCGGGCACGCUUCCUCACGCCACGAGCAAGAACGACUCUGCUCGCUCCACCCAUAAUGGACCUUCCAGCGCUGAGAAUCCUGUCAGCACUGCCAGUGCUGAUGGUCAAGAGAGCUCCAGCACUGUUUUGUCUGGUCAGAGUGUCCAUGACAGUGGCAUAGUAUCUCCUCCCGCCACCAAUGUCGUAACAACAUUGAGCGACGCUGCAUCGCUUGGUCAAGCGUCUCCCGUUGUCGACGCGCCGCCGACCGAUGGUGUCUCUUUUGUCGACUCCAUCCCUUCUUCAGGCGUGCCACUUGCUUCUCAGCCCCUGACUCUGUCGGAGUCUGGUCUCACUACUCACCCAACGGCAUCCGGUCCUGCCCUCAGCAAGUCAUCCAACCCAGGCGGAGACACUGAGACUCAACCAUCUGGAGGACAGCCGAACUUACCAGUGUCAUCGAACACCGCCUCCUCCUCGCUCGUGCCCGCGGAGCCUCCCAUAGUACCACCCAGCGUCAACGGCUCCCCUGGAUGGUCUUCAGUUAGCCAACACGAAGAUGCAUCUUCGAACCUGCCUGCAGAAACCCGAUCGCAAUCGUUCGAUGUGCCACCAGUUUCCCCCAUGCCGGGGGCUUCCACCCCAAGCAUGAGUAAUGUCAUGCCUAUCCCCAAUGUUCCCUCCGUCAGCACGAUGCCGAGCCAGACGCCGCCGCCCCUUUCUAAUGGUGAGAAGCCCUCAGCUACACAGGGCCAAGGUGCAGUUCCCACGCAGUGGCCCACCGACUCAUCAGGAUCGCCACUAUUUCCGACCCCGACGUACAGAUACUCUACCAGCAUCUACCAGUCCGCCUGGCCAACCAACGCUGAUGGUUCGCCGGUGCCAUGGCCCACCAGCGAAGAUGGCACGCCUUACCCCUGGCCCACUGACUCGGACGGCGUACCGUACCCUCCCCGGCCUCGCGAACACAACGGGUUCAUCUUUCCUCCAUGGCCACGAAAAGAGGACGGCUCGUUCUGGUUUCCUUGGCCCCUUUUCCCUCCUGAAACAGACCCCGACGUUUUCUUCUCCCCAUACCCGCCCGAGUACUUUGAAUCGAAGACAUGGAUUUGGCCUAUCACUGCCACAACCACCGAGUCCGACGGGUCCUUCCGCACGUCGAGUAUUACUUGGAUCUCGACCGACAUCACUCGCACUGCCACGAUCGAUGGCAUCGUUAUACCCACGACUAUCCCAGGAUGGACCUGCAACCCCAAGUACUGGUGCUACAACCUCUGCUGGGAAUGGGAUUUUCUUUGCGUUGAGUCCAACGGGCCCCUGAUCCCCGAGCGUUCCGGGUUCCCUCCUGUCAUCAUGCCGUCGCCGCCUGCUGAUAUUGACUCUGCGACCCAGACCAGUGCUCUUGUCAUGACUUCUUCUGCUCUUCCUUCUCCGUCUGGCUCGGACGGCUCUGAUGGUCAGGGGCAAGAGGAUGGUGGUGAAGAUGACCAAGAUGAUGAUGACAGUGGCGACGAUGAUGGAGGAGACGACGACGACGAUGAUGACGACGACGACGAUGAUGACGACGACGACGAUGAUGGUAAUGGCAAGGGAGGCAAAGGAGGCAAGGGCGGCAAAGGCGGCAAAGGCGGUGGUAGCAAUGGGGGAGAUGGCGGCAACCCCUUCGGGGACAUUGAUCCCGGCAGUAUUUCUGGCGGUACUGACGGCGGUACCAACGAUAACAACAACGACCGAGACAACGACAAAGAUCAUGACCGCGAUGAUGACAACGACGACGAUGAUGAUGAUGACGAAGAGGAGGCCAGCUGCACCGUCACUUACACCGUCGCCCCUCACUGCUCGCAGUUCUGCACUGUUGAACCCGUUACGCGCUCGGGCACCAUCCAGACCGAAGCUCUCACAACCAGCUGCUUCACUGCCGCCUGCGAGACCAAGAGGCUCUGCUCCAAGCCACCGACGAAGACUGCGACGACCUACGCCACGGCCACGCCCACGUCCACGGAACCGCCACGUCUCUGCGAACCAGGCCGUUGCGACUUCCCCGGCGGUGCCUGUCCGCCCGGGACCACGGAUCCCGACUCGACAGCCGAAAAGCACAUCAUCCAAGCUCGAGGUACUGGAGAUGGAGAUGUCAUUCUCACCGAAGACGUCAGUUCUCCCGAGACUUGGCCAGACGGCGCUGCCGACUGGUGGAAGAAGGCAUGGCGCAUCGUCGCCGACUACGGUGCUGGCGAUGGCAGCGACUUUUACGUUAGCGACCCCGAUUGGCGGUGGGUUCCCGGCGCCUCGGCCAGCAUGUUCGUCGCUUUCGAUGAACCGCCUCGCCUGUUCGGCGGCACGCCCAUGCCCGGCAUCGGGGGCGGCUCGGGCCCAGUAUGGGGCUGUACCAUGAUCGUAGUGGCGAGCCGAAAGGGUGUCUACACGAACCAUAUCUGGCAAUCCCCCAAUCUGUACUACAACGAUGAGCGGGACCGCGAACGGUAUCCCAUGGGUCACGCGGCACUUUUCAAGGAGCGCGUCACCGACUUCUUGGCCCGGGGCGCCACGGGCGACGACGCCCAGGUCGACUGGUACCCCGGGCUGUGGGGGCUCAUGGGAAACGGCAAGCCUCUAGAUCCCGAGGCCGCCGGUUUCAUAGGGGCUUGGAUCAUCACCUCGGCAGAUUCACGGGGAAGAGUUUACUCUCCAUGGGAAAUCGACGAGAUUCAACGACAGAUGGAGACGGCAGGCGGCGUGCCAUUCGACAUGAUCCACGUCACGCCGUACAGCCCAAACACCCAAGUCGGUCGAGACUGGGAGGAGUUCGUCGAUGAACGGGACGACUCCAAUCCCGAUAACUUUCGGUCCGAGUGGUAUGACGGCCUCCUCGUUUGGCAAUAUGGCCCAGGAAGUGAAAACCAGUCGCAACGGUUGGUCAUCCGCUUCGGCAACGAGGUCCUCGCGUCCAUGGCGUGGUGUCGUAAUCGACAGCCGGGUUCGACACUGAGUUCGGCGACCCAGGGUUUGACGACACAGAGUUUGGUAGCACGACAGACUGAAGGCGCGCAGAAUCUCGAAGUCACGAUCCCCGGAUUCGAGCCUCGUGAAGAUGGCACGUGUGUUAGGUCAAGGUGCAGCCCAAGUCACUGCAGCAGCUGUUUGGACAUCGAGGCUGAGCCUGCUGAGGACCCAUCAGAAGACAGCGCCACGAACAAAGUCGCGCGCCGACAGAGCCCUGGUACAGCAGAUGUCAUCCUGGCCAACCGGCCUACCGAUCCCGAGACGUGGAAGAACGGCGAGGCCCAGCUGGAGUGGUGGAUGAAGACCUUCCAGCUCACUGUCGAGAACGGCCCCAAGAUUGACUACACGGCCGGAACACAGGAGUUUUCCACAACAACCAUCGAUCAUUUUGGCGAAACGGAUUUCGACGGAGAACCGGCUGAUGAACCCAAGGGCGGCGGCGUCGGUCCUAUUCGCGGCUGCACCUCCGUCGUCGUGGCGUCUCCAAGGGGCAUCUUCACGAGCCACAUGUGGCAAAUCCCCAGCUUCGCCUUUGAGGAGUACGCAGACGAUUAUGACAUGCCCCAAAGCUUCUACUUUGACAAGUACGUUCGCGACGUCUUACUCCAGGGCUGGGACGGCGGGGACGAUGGUAGUGACGAGCAAAUGGGUCUCUGCGACAGCGCCUUGGCCCGCGGCCAGCCUUUCCACUUUGAGUCCCUCCGAUGGAUGCGAGUCUACAUCAUCACCGUCAUGGACGACGACGCUGAGCCGGAGACGGCAGCUGCCUAUCCGGAGAUUGUUGCCGCCAUUGUCGAGAUUCUGAAGAAGGACUGCAAGUUCCCCGAAGACAUCAUCCAGCAGAUCUUCUACGAUGUUGGCAAAUUCGGUACCCCCAAGUCGGCCCUGGCGCCUACAACCGAAUUCUGGAAUCUGUCCGACGACCAGAAGCUGCAGAAGUGGGCUGCCGAAGGCAAACCGCACUGGAAGCCGUGGAUGGGGAUGGUGUCCUGGCAGUACGGCCCUGGUGGAGGCGACUCAACCAGCUCCGCCACCGUCACGACGUCGACUUCAGCGGCCCAGCCAACAGGCAGCGGCGUACCUCCUGUCAUCCCCAGCCAGGCCAAAGAGCUUGUCAUCCGCUGGCAAGAGUCCAUCAUCUUCCGCCAGUCGUGGUGCGGCGAUGGCAUGGUGCCUGAAGGCCAAACCUCUGAGGAUGUCGACAUGUCGGAUGUCGCAGAUGGUUGUCAGACCCAGCGAAGGCGGCAUACUGUGCCCCUCUGUGGCGGAUGCGACGAGUGUAUGAGUCGCUUCAACCCUGGCCAAGACUCGGACAGCGAUGUCGAAAUGGACGACCCAUCCGACAGUGACAGCGACGAUACCAUGCCUGACGCCGGUGGCGGUGCAAAGUUUGCUCUGAGCAAACGUCAGGCUCCUGGGGCCACGCUUCCGGCAAACGCACAAGAGAUCAUCACGAGCAUGGUCUGGUGGCCAGGCUUUUGGCCCGGCGAGGGCGGUGAGAAGGCCUGGUGGCGCAAGAUGUACAUUAUUUGCACGACUUGGGGUGCUCUUCACGGCAUCGAACGCGAUGCCGAGAACACGACGCUGGCACACUAUUCGACCAGCUCCCUGGUUCUCUUCCAUUAUGGCCAAGACAACACCUUGCUCGAGUAUGCCGUCCCUCGAAUGGGCGGCGUUGUGCCUGUCGCCGGCUGUCUCGCGCUUGUCGUCGCUUCGCCUUCAGCCGUCUGGACUGCGCACAUUUGGGAGGUCCCGACUUUGACGCUCGGCCUCUUCAGCGACUCUGCCGACGACAUUGAGCGCUUGUUCCCGAAAGCGCAGGUAGAGUACUACAAGGAAGGUGUUGUCGAUUUCAUCUCCGACGGCGGUCGCGGAUACCAGGGUCUUGAACUCCUCACAGGGCCCGGUAUGCCCUUCAACAUCGACGAGCAAGAGUUUGUCUGGGUCGGCAUCGCGGCGCCGCGUGAUACAGAUGGGUCGAAUGAUCCAGAUUCGCCCCCCCAAUACCGCCCGUACAUCCGCGACGCCAUUGAGGGUGUCAAACAGGAGAUGGAGAAGCUCGGCUUCCAGAAUGAGGACAUGAUCAAUGUUGUCCCCUAUAACCGCCACACCGAUGUGUACAGCGACAAGAACAAAACCGAGCGUGUUGGCUGGGAGGGUCUCCUCUCGUGGCACUUCUCCCCCGGCGAGCAGAACACAACGACCAAUGUCCGAACAUAUGGCACUGGUAGGGAGCUCAUCGUUCGCUUCGAGGAAAAGGUCCUCAUCCAUCGCUUAUGGUGUGGAGACGGCAUCAAGCGAAAAGACAGCCCCCGCGUCGAGGUGAUCCCAGGCCCGACUUGUCCUCUGCCCGAAAGGCUGUGCGGCGGCACAUGCGAGGCAUGCGGCGAAGCGGCAGACACGUUAGAAGACCAGCCAUUCCGAGCCUGGACGCACGACACAAUGUUUGGGUUUGAACUCGAUGACCCCAGCAAGUACCGUCCCGGCUGGCGUCAGCAGGAGGAUCUUUGGUGGGGGCUCAUGCGCGAGCACAUUGAGGCCACUGGACCCGAGUACGGCAGGACGAACUCGAGCAAUUUUGAGCUCUGGUCGACGAGCAAGUUCUACGACUUUGCCAUCAAUUCGGAAGGACAAGGCAACGUGCUGCCUAUGGGCGGUGGCGCGCCUCCGGUCUGGGGAUGUACCGUUGUGUUGGUGGCUUCGCCUGCUGGCAUUUGGUUCGGACACUUCUGGGAGGCUCUGGCCUUUUCGAUCCCGAUUGGGCCCGAAGGCGAUGCCGUCAAGGGAGCUCAGCCCGAUCGCACCAAGGAGGAAUAUUUCAAGGAAAUGGUCACAGAUUUCCUGAAAGACGGCAAUGACAAGGGCGGUACCCAGAACCCCGGUCUCGCCGAGUUUACUUCGGAGAACAGCCACUUCAACGCGGACAACAAGGAGUUUGUGUACGUUGCCAUUAUCAGCCCGCAAGCAGCCAACGCCACCAAGACCGCCAAGUACCCGACCGAGGUCGACAGCAUCCGCACGACUCUUCGCGACGAGCUCGGCCUGAGGGAAGGGGACAUUCACGUCCACCUCUACGAGCAACAGGUGUCGCUCUCGAGCUCCUUGUACGGGGGCUCACUUCGUUCAUGGCAUGGCCUCGUCUCGUUCCAGUACACGCCCUACGCCUAUGUCCGCGAAGAUGACACGACCCAUUACGAGAAGCGACUUCGCAUCAACCUCGAACGCGUUUCUCUCUUUGAGCAGGGCUGGUGCGGCACCGGCAUCAAGGAUGUUUCUCAGCGCCACAAGGCAGAAGACGGCAGCGCCGACAUACCCGCCGGCUGCUACUACGACCGACCUGCCGAUAGCGCACGGCCCAGCGACGAGGGCGAUCGAUGCCUCAAGGAUGAAGACUGCGCCCGCACGCGCUGCGGCAAGCAAUUCGGCGCCAAAUGUACGCGUCGGAGCUCCGACGCGGGCUCGGGAUCGUGCGAAUAUGAUCUGGAUGCCGUCAACAACUGCGAAAAGCAAUCCGACUGCGAGGACGUCAAGUGUGACUACGCCUGGCAGGAACCCGUGUGCGUGUUCCAAAACACCAAGUCGUCGCUCGAGAAGAAUGCAGGCCCUGGCUGCCGAUGCCUUGGCCGUACGUGCAGCAAGCACACCGACUGCGACUACGCCGACUGUGGAGAGCGGCGCACGCUCAGCUGUACCGACGGACGCUGCCACUGCAAGCACUGCGCCGAGAUUGACUUCCAAGAAUCGGACUACUGGAACAUGCGCUGCCUUGAUGUCGAGGGCCACAUCAUGGAGACUGAUCUCCAGGACACGGUGACGUGCCAGAGCACGGUCAAUAUCAUGCUGCAGUGCUUUGGUCGGCAGCGCGGCAAGGAGGGCCCGCCGGACGCCAUCGCCGAGUGCGACUACAUCUGCUGUCCCAAGGGCAAGGUGCCGCGGUGCCUCAAGCCUGUCUGGAAUCCGAAGGAGUGGACGGUUCGGGAGUGCAUGUGCACGGAAUGGGACUCGGAGCACGCGGGGCGGAUUCCUGUUGAUCCGCCUGAGGAGGCGCCAUGGAAAUGA